CCUUCCGCCCAUCUGCUGGCUUUGGCUUGCCCGUUCUGCUCGGCAAGUUUGCUGGCUCUGCCCAACCCGUCUGCCUCUGCACCCACCCGCGGCCCGUCCGAACCGUCUCGAACCGUCUUGAGCGUCCCAUUCGCCCCAGCCUGUCCCAGACGCACAUCUCGUCCAAGCUCCGAUAGCCCGUUUUGCCUGACUCACCAGGAUCCCCAGCAACGCAAGCCCCUCGCCCAGCCGUGGAAAUUUGAUUGCAAUGUCCGACGAUUGCUCGAUUCUGGAGCAGUGGGUCCCUCAGAUCCCCUGCUGCUCCAUCUCCAAGAAUACCACCAACAUGCUGUGCAGCCCCAGCAACGGCCGGGUCGUGAGUCUCAACUUCAUCCAAGACUCCCGACUCAACGGGACCUCGAUCCCCUCGCAGAUUGGAAACCUCAAGGCUCUGCAGUUUCUCGUCCUCCGCCACAACAACUUGGUCGGAAGCAUCCCCUCGUCGCUCGGUUCGCUGAUCAGUCUGAUCGAGUUAGAACUCUAUGAGAACAAUCUCUCGGGCAACAUCCCGGCCGAGCUCGGCUUUCUCAUCAAUCUCAAGUCUCUGACCUUGUCCUCGAAUGUGCUCACUGGCUCGAUUCCCAACGAGAUUUCGUACCUGACGAGCCUUGGCUCUCUGAACUUGGCGGACAACCAGCUCAGUGGCUCGAUCCCGCCUCACCUUGGCAACAUGACCAGCCUCGAGCUCUUGUGGCUCCAAGACAACAUGCUGACCGGAACCAUACCUUCCGAGCUCCAGAGCCUCAACAGCCUGCAGUCCAUCGAGCUCCAGAACAACAACCUCUCGGGCGUUAUCGAUCUUGAUCUGCGAUCGUCGCCCCACCUGACCGACUUCAAUGUCCAAAACACCGGGCUCACCGGCGUCGUCCGCAUCUAUGGCACCUGCCCGUCCAAGUUCAGCGGACAGCUCGGAGGCGUUGCGUGCAUCAAUGACGGCCGAACCAUCAUGGCUCCCGCCAGUGCUCCGGUCGGCGCCACUGUCACCCUCUCCACCACGGCUUUUGUUCUUGGUGGCCUGACGCUGGUGGGACUGGCGGCGCUGGGCCUGAUCUGGUACAAGAAGCGCGAUCGCAGCGGCUUCACGCCGGCCAGAGGACGGAAUCGCUUGGUGCUCAACGCUGGUGGCAAAUACGAGAUCCAGAACGAUGAACAGGAGCUCAGCACCAUCGCAACCUCUUCGACCACUUCAAAGAUCCCUCCCAGCUCCGAGGGCAGAUUCUAGUCAGCUUGCAAGAGCCACCAGCGCCCCAAUCCAUGGAAGCCCAUGUGCUGCUUUGGAAUGAAGGAGGCAACACAAAGCCUCGAGCGGCCUUGUCGUCUCAGUUUGUUUCUAUUCGAUAGAUGCCAGUGAUGGAGACCUGCAAAGGGGCGCUCCUCCGAUCGACUGCUGUCCAAUUCCUCUAUUUUUUUCAUUUUGUUUUUACAGUUCACGCAAUACGAAACGGAACACUCCGUUUUUGAGUCAUUUUCUUUUGGGUCCUGAAUACACUCCCACCAUGACCAAAUAA